UUCAGCAAAUAAUUUCUCCGGCAACGGACAACUAAAAAGGACCCUGAGCACAGAAAAAGACUUGUUUGAGAUCAUGGGUCGGGCUAGCUCCAAGCUUCCGAGCUUCUGCCUCAGCCGCGUGGCGACUCGGGUCAGAGUCCGUUCACCGCCGGUGGGCUCCAACCCCGUUCCGGCGGUCGCUGCUGAUGCUGAGAAGGUUGAUGGCGGCAGUGAGGUCACGGCGGAAAGGCGGCGAGUCAUGGUGGCGGUGGACUCGAGCACGGAGGCGAAGAGUGCUCUGCUUUGGGCUCUGUCUCAUGCUUUGCAGAGUAAUGACUGUCUUGUUCUGCUAAAGGUUUCAAAGCCUGCAUCGAAGCAAGGAGGAGAUCAGUCUCCAUGGGAGAGAGAUCCAAAGAGUUAUGAGGUUCUACAGAGCAUGAAGACCAUUUGCCAAUCUAAGAGACCAGAGGUGGUUGUUGAGCUCUAUUUGGUUGAAGGAAAAGAUCUAGGACCGACGAUCGUGGAAGAGGCGAGGAAGCAGGGGGUUUCCUUACUGGUUUUGGGGCAGAAGAAGAGAUCUAUUACCUGGAGGCUGCUUAUGAUUUGGGCUGGUGGGAAUAGAUUGGCAUCAGGUAGUGUUGUGGACUACUGCGUGCAGAACUCUUCGUGCAUGACUUUAGCUGUGCGAAGAAAGAGCAGAAGAGGAGGUGGUUUUUUGAUCACUACAAGAAGACACAAAGAUUUCUGGCUUUUGGCUUGAUCAUUUCUGUUUUUUUAAUAUGCUUCAUCUGGCUGUUUUUUUUUUUUUUAAAAUGAAUGAAUGAAGAAUAAAGCUUUGAUGUUGGUUUGAUGUAAUAUGGUUGUAAAUGAAAAUUUCAA